GGAUUCCGGUCGCUCAGUGCCCAGAUCCCCGAGUAACUCUCCGCCUAUAAAACGGAGCCAGACGUCUGCGGAUAGAUAAACCAAUCAAUGGCUUCGAAAUCUCAGUACCUAAUCGCCCUUCUCGUCGCCGCUCUCUCCGUUCAAUUACUCGCUUCCGACUCCGCCCUGGUGGGCGGCUGGCAGCCGAUCCAGGACCUAAGCUCGCCGGAGGUUCAAGACCUCGCGAAGUUCGCCAUCGCCGAAGACAACAAGGCUGCCGGCGCCAAAUUAGAGUUCCAGAGCGUGGUUCGCGGUGAGCAACAAGUGGUGGCAGGCAUGAACUACCGGCUGGUCAUUGCGGCGCUAGAUGGCGGAGUUUCCGGCAAUUACGAGGCGGUUAUAUGGGUUAAGGAUUGGGAGAAGUUUAGGAACCUCACCUCCUUCAAGAAAUUGCCUGGUUUGGUAUGAUAUUGAUAGAUUUUGUUGUAAAACCCUAAAAAGAGAAUGAUAGUGGAAGAAAGAUCGUUUAUAAUUUGAUGAUGACAGUGAAAUAGAGGCAGUUUAGAAUUUGAAUGAUUCUGAAAGUUGUUGGAAACGUUUCGUGGAAAUUAUGAUGAAUGAAUUAUGCUGCCUGAGCAUCACAUGAAAGGUGGGUUAUUCUGAACCA